UCGUCGUCGGCUCACUCCUUAGAGACCUGGCGCCACCGCGGAAGCCGCUAUUGGCGGACGCCCGGGACCGCGACUGCUCACUUCCGGCGCCGGCGACGACUCUGCCCGCUCGGGCGCCCUCAGCCUCCCCCGCCCUUCCACCAUGGCCGCCUCUGUGUGGUGUGGGGAGAAGCUGGUCCUCCCAUAGCGCUCCUGCCGCAUCCUCACCCGCUAGGGGCCGGAUCCCAAGGAACCGCGUUUCCCAACCCCGCCGGGAAGGUUUCCCGUCCCCACCUCAGGGCCAGGACUCCUUCCCACACCUCGAGAGGCAGAAACUUAGGGUUUCCCCCUCCUUCCAGGAUAAGAAGCCAGAGGGUUCCCCCCCUCCACUUCUGCAAGGGUGGCAGCCUUGCCCACCUCGCUGCAGGGCACAGACCCUUAGUCCACCGUACUUCUGCGCUAAGGCUUGGCCCCCCCCAGCACGGCCACUCUCCAGAGGGAGCAUCUAGAGAACCCGCGCCUUCCCCUCCGCAGGAGAGGAGGCAGGAGUGCGGAAAGCCGGGCCUCUGGCCUCCUUCCCACUUGUUCCUCUUGCUCCUCGUCCUUGGCAAGCCAGAGUUCUCCAUUUCUAGGACUUAACACCCGUCCCCUCCCUUGACCUCUCUUCCGGUCUCCUGGCUGCAGCCAUGGAGUUACAGAAGGGAAAGGGGACCGUAGCAGCUGCUGCAUCAGGAGCAGCGGGAGGUGGAGGAGGAGGAGGAGCGGGAGCAGGAGCCCCAGGAGGGGGGAGGCUGCUACUUUCAACCAGUUUGGAUGCCAAGGAUGAGUUAGAGGAGAGGCUGGAAAGAUGCAUGAGUAUUGUGACAUCGAUGACGACUGGUGUCUCUGAGCGAGAAGCCAACGAUGCCCUCAACGCGUAUGUGUGCAAAGGCCCCCCCCAGCAUGAAGAGAUCUGCCUAGGCCUGUUUACUCUUGUCCUCACUGAACCCGCCCAAGCCCAGAAGUGUUACCGGGACUUGGCUCUGGUGAGUCGUGAUGGUAUGAACAUUGUCCUGAACAAGAUCAACCAGAUACUCAUGGAGAAGUAUUUGAAGUUGCAAGAUACCUGUCGUACUCAGUUGGUGUGGUUGGUUCGGGAACUGGUGAAGAGUGGCGUUCUGGGAGCUGACGGCGUUUGCAUGACAUUUAUGAAGCAGAUUGCAGGUGGCGAUGUUACAGCCAAAAAUAUCUGGUUGGCAGAAAGUGUUCUGGAUAUCCUGACGGAGCAGAGGGAGUGGGUCCUGAAGAGCAGCAUCCUCAUCGCCAUGGCUGUGUACACAUACCUCCGACUGAUCGUGGACCACCAUGGGACUGCCCAGCUCCAGACCCUUCGGCAGAAGGAAGUUGACUUCUGUAUCUCCUUGCUUCGGGAACGGUUCAUGGAAUGUUUGAUGAUUGGCCGGGACCUUGUAAGAUUACUUCAGAAUGUUGCUAGGAUACCAGAAUUUGAACUGCUCUGGAAGGAUAUCAUCCAUAACCCUCAGGCUUUGAGUCCUCAGUUUACAGGUAUCCUGCAGCUACUUCAGUCGAGAACAUCCCGAAAGUUUCUAGCCUGUCGUCUAACCCCAGACAUGGAGACGAAGCUCCUCUUCAUGACGUCCCGGGUGCGAUUUGGCCAGCAGAAGCGAUACCAGGAUUGGUUCCAGCGCCAGUACCUCUCAACCCCUGACAGUCAGUCCCUGCGCUGUGACCUCAUUCGCUACAUCUGUGGGGUAGUCCACCCUUCCAACGAAGUGCUGAGUUCAGACAUCCUGCCCCGAUGGGCCAUCAUUGGCUGGCUCCUGACCACAUGCACGUCCAACGUUGCUGCCUCUAACGCCAAGCUGGCUCUGUUUUAUGACUGGCUGUUCUUUAGCCCAGACAAGGAUAGCAUUAUGAACAUAGAGCCGGCCAUCCUGGUCAUGCAUCACUCCAUGAAGCCCCACCCAGCCAUCACCGCCACGCUCCUGGACUUCAUGUGCCGAAUCAUUCCUAACUUCUACCCACCGUUGGAAGGCCAUGUGCGGCAGGGCGUCUUUUCUUCCCUCAACCACAUUGUGGAGAAACGAGUCUUGGCACACUUGGCUCCUCUGUUCGACAACCCCAAGCUGGACAAGGAACUGCGGGCCAUGCUUCGAGAGAAAUUCCCUGAGUUCUGCAGCUCGCCCUCCCCGCCCGUGGAAGUCAAAAUUGAAGAGCCUGUUUCCAUGGAGAUGGACAACCAUCUGUCAGAUAAGGACGAGAGUUGCUAUGACAACGCAGAGGCAGCCUUCAGUGACGAUGAGGAGGAUCUCAAUAGCAAAGGGAAGAAGAGAGAGUUCCGCUUCCACCCCAUCAAGGAGACCGUUGUGGAGGAGCCGGUUGACGUCACCCCCUACCUCGACCAGCUGGACGAGUCCCUGAGGGACAAAGUGCUGCAGCUGCAGAAAGGAAGUGACACUGAGGCCCAAUGUGAGGUCAUGCAGGAAAUUGUGGACCAGGUCCUGGAGGAAGACUUUGACUCGGAGCAGCUGUCUGUCCUUGCUUCCUGCCUACAGGAGCUCUUCAAGGCCCACUUUCGAGGGGAGGUGUUGCCUGAAGAGGUCACUGAAGAGUCCCUGGAGGAGUCUGUAGGGAAGCCUCUCUACCUAAUAUUUAGGAACCUGUGCCAGAUGCAGGAGGACAACAGCAGCUUCUCGCUGCUUCUGGACCUCCUGUCCGAGCUGUACCAAAAACAACCCAAGAUCGGCUACCACCUGCUCUACUAUCUGAGGGCCAGCAAAGCUGCCGCCGGGAAGAUGAACCUGUACGAGUCAUUUGCCCAGGCUACCCAGCUGGGCGACCUGCACACCUGCCUCAUGAUGGACAUGAAGGCUUGCCAGGAGGAUGACGUGCGCCUGCUGUGCCACCUCACACCGUCCAUCUACACAGAGUUUCCAGAUGAGACCUUGAGAAGCGGGGAGCUGUUGAACAUGAUCGUGGCCGUAAUUGACUCUGCACAGCUCCAGGAGCUGGUGUGCCAUGUGAUGAUGGGGAACCUGGUCAUGUUUCGGAAGGACUCAGUCCUCAACAUACUCAUUCAGAGCCUGGACUGGGAGACCUUUGAGCAGUACUGUGCCUGGCAGCUCUUCCUGGCCCACAACAUCCCCUUGGAGACCAUCAUCCCUAUCCUGCAGCACCUCAAAUACAAGGAACACCCAGAGGCCCUGUCCUGUCUCCUGCUUCAGCUCCGAAGAGAGAAGCCCAGCGAGGAGAUGGUAAAGAUGGUGCUGAGCAGACCCUGCCACCCUGACGACCAGUUCACCACCAGCAUCUUGAGGCACUGGUGCAUGAAGCACGAUGAGCUGCUGGCAGAGCACAUCAAGGCCCUGCUCAUCAAGAACAACAGCCUUCCGCGCAAGAGGCAGAGCCUCAGGAGCUCUAGCAGCAAGCUGGCCCAGCUGACCCUGGAGCAGAUCCUGGAGCACCUGGACAACCUAAGACUCAACCUAGCCAACACCAAGCAGAACUUUUUUAGCCAGACGCCGAUCCUCCAGGCGCUGCAGCAUGUCCAGGCGAGCUGCGACGAGGCCCACAAGAUGAAGUUCAGCGACCUCUUCUCCCUGGCGGAGGAAUACGAGGACUCUUCCACUAAGCCCCCCAAGAGCCGGAGGAAGGCAGCUCUGUCCAGCCCUCGAAGUCGAAAGAACACUGCCCAGCCCCCCAAUGCUGAAGAAGAGUCGGGCUCCAGCAGUGCCUCGGAGGAAGAAGAUACGAAGCCUAAGCCCACCAAACGAAAACGAAAAGGUUCCUCUGCUGUGGGUUCUGACAGUGACUGAGGCCUGGUGUUCCCGCCCCGCCCCAGCCUGAGAGAUGCAAGGGUAUACCCUUCCUAGCCCCCUCACGUGGGGUAGGAUCGAGCUGCUUCCUGUGGCCCAGCUGAGAAACUUCCAUGCAGCCCCGCCCCUCCUCUGUCCCAGGGCCUCCAGCUCUUUGCAUCCCCUCUGGACUGCUGCUCCCACGGUUCUCACAGCAGCCAGAGGCUGUGCAAACCAGGUCGUGGUGGAGUCCUUAGCCCUUGGCUCCUCCCCCAGUCUCCAAAGAGCCGUGUGGACAGAGAAGGGAGUGAUGGAGAGGCCGCUGGACAGAGGGGCCAGGAUGACAGCAGAUGCUGCGGGAAUGGGCGCACCUCCUGCUUCCCUUCAGGCUGCAUUCUCUGAACAGACUUGUAGUCUGUGGACGGUGGUCUAUACACCAGUGCGACAUGGGCAUCUGACCUGGGGUGGGCAGUGCCCAUCUGGGCGGAUGCCACAGCCUUCAGAAAAGAACCUGAUGACAGCGUGAGAGCCUCUUGGUGCGCCUGGGAUGCUUGGGUUGGCCCAACAUUGACACUUCAAGCUGAGCCAGAGCCCAGGGGAGUCCCAGAGGCAAGUUCCUCAGAACUGUCAAAUGGCCUGAUUUCUGUGGUUCUGUUUUUGCUUUUUCUUUUGGCAAAGAUAAUCGAGUUUUAAAAUUGUUUUUAAGUGAUAAUGAAACAAGCCAGAGCAUCUUUUGUGCCUGAGUUGA